AAACAAGUUGAACAACUGUUCACAAGCUGAUGUCAAUCCAUGUAAUUCCAAUGCCCGUUUCAACUUCUCUCCCUUAUCAAUGAAACCACCUUGCCCUUUCACCAAUAUUAUACACAUUAUUUUCUCUGCGACUGCUUCUCAUCAUCAGAUUCAAAGAUUCGAUUUCUUUCUAUUCUAUCCCUCUUGGGGUCUCUCUCCCUCUCUCUCUCUUGCUCUCCCCUUCUGCCAGUUCGAUCUCUUCAAGGUUUUUUUUGUCAUCGUCAUGGGACAAGAAACAAGAAGACUGGCAGAUGAGUAUGAGAUAUCAGAGAUUUUAGGCAGAGGAGGAUUCUCUGUAGUGAGAAAAGGCAUCAGCAGAAAAUCAGGCAGCAGUGACAAAAACAAUGUGGCAAUCAAGACCCUCAAAAGGCCAUUUGGACCAUCAAACCCUCCGCCCGGCAGAUCGGGUGCCGGUGAUCAUCAGAAAAGCUUUGCUGCUGCUUUCCAAGCCCGGAAGCAGGUGUCCAUAUCAAAUGUCUUGCUCACAAAUGAAAUCUUGGUCAUGAGGAGAAUAGUUGAAAAUGUCUCACCACACCCAAAUGUCAUUGACCUCUAUGAUGUGUAUGAGGAUGAAAAUGGGGUCCACCUUGUGUUGGAGCUUUGCUCUGGGGGUGAACUGUUUGAUAGGAUUGUGAAGCAAGAAAGGUAUUCUGAGGCUGGAGCUGCAGCUGUGGUAAGGCAGAUUGCUCAAGGCUUAGCAGCUCUUCACAAGUCCAAUAUUGUUCACAGGGACUUGAAGCCAGAGAACUGCCUGUUCUUGAAUAAUACUGAUGAUUCUUCUUUGAAGAUUAUGGAUUUUGGGCUCAGUUCUGUGGAGGAGUUUACUGAUCCUGUUGUUGGGUUGUUUGGUUCCAUAGAUUAUGUCUCACCAGAGGCUCUUUCUCAGGGACAAGUCACUUCUAAGAGUGAUAUGUGGGCUCUGGGUGUAAUCUUGUAUAUCCUUCUCUCUGGGUACCCACCUUUUAUUGCUCAGUCGAAUCGGCAAAAGCAACAGAUGAUAAUGGCUGGAGAAUUCAGUUUCUAUGAGAAAACUUGGAAGGGCAUUUCUUUGUCAGCAAAGCAAUUAAUUUCGGAUCUCCUCAAAGUUGACCCUCACAAGAGACCUAGUGCUCAAGAGCUUCUGGACCAUCCAUGGGUUGUAGGUCUUUCAGCCAAAGAAGAUCAAAUGGAUGCUGAGAUUGUGUCACGACUGCAGAGUUUUAAUGCUCGGCGAAAACUCCGUGCUGCAGCAAUAGCUAGUGUGUGGACCAGCUCGAUUUUCUUAAGGACAAAGAAGCUAAAAUCACUACUAGGUUCCCACGACCUUAAACCGGAUGAAAUCCAGAAACUGAGUUUACAUUUCAAGAAAAUAUGUGUAAAAGGUGACAAUGCUACUCUAUCUGAAUUUGAGGAGGUGCUGAAAGCAAUGAACAUGUCGUCAUUAAUCCCUUUGGCACCCCGGAUCUUUGACCUAUUCGACAACAAUCGUGAUGGAACAGUUGACAUGCGAGAGAUCCUCUGUGGGUUCUCUAGUCUCAAGAAUUCACAAGGAGAUGAUGCACUCCGCCUGUGCUUCCAGAUGUACGAUACGGAUCGGUCUGGAUGCAUCAGUAAAGAAGAAGUGGCAUCUAUGCUCAGGGCUUUACCAGAUGACUGCCUUCCAGCUGAUAUCACUGAACCUGGGAAAUUGGAUGAAAUAUUUGAUCGCAUGGAUGCAAACAGUGAUGGACAAGUUACCUUUGAUGAGUUCAAAGCUGCCAUGCAGAGAGACAGCUCUCUCCAAGAUGUAGUCCUCUCCUCUCUUCGACCAUUAUAGCUUCUCCCAUCAUCCACAACCGCGAUCAACUUUUUCACUAAAUUCUGGAAGUUAAUUUCCUUCUUCUUUGGACAUAUAUGCUAUAGGCAAUAGAAGACCAAUGACCAAAAAGCUGAAAAUAAAUGCUAACUUCUGCCAUGGAAA